GACUUCUUAUUUUUCCUAGUAUUUAUUAGUUCACAAAGAAUUCUCAAAAAUAAAAUUUAUUACCCCAAACCCAAACCUAUGCAUACACAAAAACCUAUAUGUAAAUUAAAAAACCGGCCAUCGUCGUAGUCGUCGUCCUCCUAACAUGCUCCAUCUUCUCCGCCACCACCAUGCCACCUUCAUCCUCCGCCUCAUCUAGAUCCGCCGCUAAACACAGCUCCUCCUCCUCCUCCUCCUCUUCUCUCAACCUCUGCAAACAUUCACCGUCGGCGACUCUCGACCUCUUAAUCCUAAUCCUCGUCCUCUUCUCCGGCACAUUCCUCCUCUCCUCUUACUUGUCUUACAUAAUCCACUCCUUAUCUCUCCUCUCCUCUCAUUUCCCUUCAAUUUCUCUCUCUUUCUCCUCUCUCCUCCCUCCUCUCAUCUUCUUCUUCUCCUCCGAUCAUCAUCACGAUUCCGACGAAGAAGACGAUCAUCAUCUAUCCGGAAUAGCUACUCCUCCGGUGUCGUUCUUCUUCGCGUUCGCUGUCUUCUUCGCGGCGUCGAUUGCGUUUCUAGACCUGUGUUGCGGAUCAAGAUCGAGGAAAUGCCGUAACCCUAAGUGUAAAGGGUUGAAGAAAGCUAUGGAGUUUGAUUUGCAGUUACAGACAGAGGAAUGUGUUAAAUCCGGUUCGGUUAAGGGGAUUGAUCGGUUGCCUUGGAAAGGAGGUAGUGAGAGCAAUCCUGAUUACGAGUGUUUGAGAGCUGAGCUGAGGAAGAUGGCUCCUCUUAAUGGUCGAGCUGUUUUGAUUUUUCGAUCAAAGUGUGGUUGCUCUGUUGCUAAGCUUGAAGGUUGGGGUCCUAAGAGAGCUCGGCGUCUUAAAAAAUCGCCGGCUAAAUUAGCUGUCAAGGGAUGUGUAGACAAUCACUGAUCCGGAAACUCUCCAGUUUUAUUAUACUUACAGAUUGUCACAUUAAAAAUUAGGAGGCAAAUAUAAAUUAUUUCCCCAUUUCCUAUAGAGUUUUUAUCCCUGAAACUAAACAUGUCAUCUUAUUGAUCUUGAACACUUACUUCCUCUCUGUAACUAUAUACUCAGAAAAUUCCAAUGCCACAAUGAUCAAAUCAAAUGUAUUUUACUA